UUUUUUUUUCUUUCGUAUUCUGUUCUCUUUACAUAGUCCUUUUUUAUUUUUGUCGCAUCAUUUGUUAUCAUUUACCUUCCUUACUCCUGUUUCAUUCCUUUAAACAAUGGAUUCACCAAAACAAAGUAUUUCUCUCAAGACAACAAUUGCAUCCCGAAGAGUUGUGCCUCAAAAAACACCAUUGACCCUGUCCAUUAAUACAAGAAACAGUCAAUCUGCCACAACAGCAGCAAGGCAUUGUCAAGCAACAGCUCCUGCCUUGAAUGCAUCGAAUCACUCAAGCAUGAGUCCCGAGGAGCUUUCCUCCAAAAUAGCAGAUAGCUUUCAACAAUUUUCAAACAUGCUUACUCAACUAUCCAAAAACAAGCCUUAUAAUGCUUCUAUUAUACCAACCGAUACAAACAGUAACACACCAACAAAGCAUCGGAAAGAGACCCGACCUCCAACUGAACACAGUGCAACAGUAAGCAAAAAGGAACCCGUCACUAUGCAUCAGGUUCCUUCCAUUCCCCACACCAAAGAAAAACAAGACAAGCGUAUUGAAAAAGAAGCCUUUUUUGAUGAUAUUUCAGACAAUCUGAACGCAGGCAACACGAAACUCCGCCAUUGUCUCAUUAUCAAGUGGCUCAACCGCGCUGCUACCUUGGGAGACAUUAAAAUCAUGCAAGAUGUACUUGGGAAAGCAGAGAUUGACAUCAAUGCAACAGAUGACAAGGACACGGGUAUCAAUGCUCUUAUGUAUGCUGCUUAUUUUGGACACGUCGAAUGUACCAAGUUGUUGUUGAAACAAUCCAAACUUCAAAUCAAUUAUCAAGAUAAAAGUAAGCCAAAUAAGAAUAACCAAACAUACUUAUUCGCUGCAUUAGGAGGAUGGACUGCGCUUGUUUGGGCAGCUCAUGGAAAUCAGUCAGAGAUUAUACAACUAUUAUUAAGCCAUGGUGCAAACAAGACCAUCAGAAUAAAUGAAAACAAGACUAUCUUUGAGUAUUCUCUUUUACCAUCCAUUAAAGCCCUGCUAGAGCCUAUUCCAAGACCUGACAACAAGAAUGUCUAUUCAAUGACAGCGAUAUUCUCUCAACCUCCUAUGUCGAAAUCUGAUGUUUUAACUGAGCCUCAUAAGAUAAACCCACUUUCUCAUAGAACAUGGAGCCCUUCACAAAAACCUGUUACACUGCCCGACUUUUCUCAACUCUUGCAGAACAUUGAGCCCACAGAGCAAGACAUUCAAGAGUGGGCAGCUUCUAUCCAAUCAUUUACUACUUUUUCCUGGCAUCAAUGUCUACCUGACCAAAUGUUCGUAUUUAGCCAAGACGAUAUCAACAUGAUCUUGGACCAUGCACUUACCAUCAAUGAUCCUGAAUCACUGGUCACGCAGGAUUAUGCAAGCCAUGAAAGAUGGCAGCCUGCUAAUGUUAUCUUCUUGAGUGCCCGGUUUGCACACUAUUAUUCAAGCAAAACUUUACUGAACACAUUACUAUCAACAGCAGCCACUAAAAUGGCUCGCGUCAUCAAGGCAGGUUCUCGCGAGACGCAAAGACUAGCGUAUUGGAUGGCAAAUCUCUGUCAAUUGACGAGUUACUUGAAGAAAGAUCUAGGCUUAUCUGUAUCCACGUUAGAGAUUCAAGAAGUGCUGUCUGAACUUAUUUCGGAGACAUAUGCACUGUUUAUUACUGAAUCUCAAAAACGACUCAGCAAAAUCUUGGAGGCAUCGCUGAUGGAUUAUGAGUCAAUUCAAGAACUGGAGCAGGUUGAUUUCGCUGAUGAUUGGUAUCGAUUCUUUAGGAGAAGUAGCGUUACAAGCACCAAAUCGCUCGAGACAACCACGUCUACUGCAAGCGAAAGAAAAAAUUCUACUGAUUCUUGUUCAAGUAUCUCUACAAAAGCAACUUCUUUAUCUAUGGAUACUUCAUCAUUUGCCAUGUCCCCUUAUGCUGUUACAAGACUGAUAUCGCAUCUUCAAAGCGUAUUGCAGUCAUAUUAUAUUCCGCCCACCAUUAUGAUUCAAGCAACAGCACAAUUCUUUCAUUAUCUGUCUUGUGAGAUAUUCAAUCGUAUAUUGACCAACAAAAAAUACAUGUGUCGAUCCAGAGCCCUUCAGAUCCGAAUGAAUCUCUCCAUUUUGGAAGAUUGGGUACGUGUCAGUAAACUUCCUCCAAGUCUUUGUCAAUCCUUUGAACCACUUGUACAGCUGCUUCAAUUACUUCAAUGUCUUUCUCAAAUAGACGAUGUUGAUAUCUUUCACUCCACGGUUCAGUCUUUUGAUCAAUUGAAUACGAUGCAAAUCAGACGAUGCGUCCAACAAUACCGCUACGAAAUAUCUGAAACUCCACUGUCAGAACAAGUGUUGCAAUACGCAAACCAACUUGUGUUUGAGAACCAGCAGCCGUCCUCGAUUGACGCUGUUCCCCAAAAGGCAACGAGACGGCCAAAUAGUAUUUAUAGCCUAAAUUGUUUGCUUGGUACAGUAUCCAACAAAAGAAGAUUAUCGAAUGAAGACAUAACCUCUCUACAACAACAGCAAGCACAACAAAAAGAAGAAGAAGAAGAAAUAACAGCCAAUGAACAAGAAAAGAGAAAUUCUAAAUAUUUGCUGCCAUUCUCUUUAUCUACCACUACUGCAUUAUUACGUGAUUGGACACAUGAGCAACAUAAAAAGCUUGAUCAAGUUGUGAGCCAUGAUAUCUUAUUAUAUUCUGACGCUAUAUACAAAGACAUUAAGCUUAAAAGGCAAGAGCGAUUCAAUCGACUAGACAAAAUCUGUCCUGUGAUCGCUGAGGAAUGGCUAUAUUUGUUAGACAAAAAACUACGUAUUCGAUCAUAGUGUCGACUGAACUGGGAAAUGCUUGCAUGAAUGAACAAAAUCACACAGUACUGAAUUAGGCAAAAUGCAUCAUUUUUUAUUAUUUAUAAUGUCUUGGAUUGUGUUUAAAUAAAUUACUGGUAUUACUACUACUACUA